CAUCACAGUUACUUCAAAUUGACAAAUUGCAUUUUCCUUUUAAAGUGGAUGGAGUUUAAUCUUAUGAACAUGAUGAUGACUGACCAACCGACGCACAUCCCUUUCCCCCCCUGAGAGAUGACGAAUGAGUGGGUCUAGGUGGAGGAGGAUGAGGAUGAGGAGGAGAAACCACUGGCUGUGACAGUGACAGUAGCUUCUCUCUCCCGACUUUCCUCCCCGGCCGGCCGCUUGCCGCUUCUUCUUUGUCAUCAUCAUCACUACCACCACCACCAUCAUCAUCAUCAUCAUCAUCAUCGCCCUAAGCAACAGCAGCUUCAGCAGCUCCAGCAGCUUCAGCAUCAGAAGCAGUGUCCAUCGACAGCGCGGAGAACAAAUAAGCAGCACGCAUCUCCAAGAGGCGCUCCAGUCGAAGGGGAAGAUGGGGAAAUGGCAGUUGACCAAAUGUAAGGAUCAAGAAACCAGACGAGGUCUCCAUUUAUGAUACAAACCCGGGUUUAUGCAUCAAUAGGAACUAUUCAAAGGACAAAAGAUUACCCCAUCUGACGCAUAAGGAAACAUGGAUGUAUCUUCAUCCUCGCUGCAGUAUGGAUCAAAAAAGCGGGUUAAGAUUCACCCAAACACAGUGACAGUGAAAUAUGCCACACACUUUCCCCAGCCUGGCGAUGAAGGGUAUGAUGAUGCACCCUCUUUUGAGGAGUUUGGCGCCUUUGCGGAAGCUAAUGUGGGAAAGAGACUGGUGUCAGACAGCAAAGGUAGCCGGACUUUGUUUGGAACCAUGGAGACCCAGCCUAAGCAACCAAGUGUGCAAAAAGACAAGGGGGUCGGGGGCCAGCUGGCCAGCUUUGGAGAAGCGAAUGUGUUGGCCUCCAGGGUGACCUGGAUGGCAUUGUUUGGGGCAGCGGUGGCUCAUGGUUGUGUGGCACUGAUUACUCGUUUAGCUGCUGAUCGCUCUAAAGUGCCCUCCCUCGAGCUGCUCUUCAUCCGCUCCGUGAUCCAAGUGCUGUCCAUCCUGGUGGUCUUCUACUACCAGGAGGCCCCAUUUGGCCCUAAGGGCUACCGACUGCGCCUGUUCUUCUACGGUGUGUGCAAUGUAAUCUCAAUCACCUGCGCCUACACCUCAUUUGCUAUAGUACCACCCAGUAAUGGCACCAUCAUGUGGCGGGCCUCCACCACAGUCUUCAGUGCAAUACUGGCCUUCCUGCUUCUGGAUGAGAGGCUGGGCUACACAGAUGUGGUCACAGUGGUGGGAAGCGUGUUCGGUCUGUGCCUAGUCAUGGUGCCAAAUGUCGCAGACGAGGAGAAGUCCCGGCUGGGGUUUUGGAAGGAGGCCUUUGGCUACACAAUGACAGUCAUGGCCGGCUUGACCGCUGCCCUCUCCAUGAUUGUCUACAGAGCCAUUAAGGAGCGCGUCAGCAUGUGGGCAGCACUGUUUACCUUCGGUUGGACGGGCACUGUGUGGGGUGCCUCCACCAUGUUUAUCAUGCAGGAGCCCAUCAUUCCUCUAGAUGGGGAGACCUGGGGCUAUUUAAUUGGGAUCUGUAUCUGCUCCACCGUGGCGUUCCUUGGAGUCUACUAUGCUCUAAACAAGUUUCAUCCAGCCUUAGUCAGUACAGUGCAGCAUCUUGAGAUCGUGGUUGCCAUGUUGCUCCAGCUCAUUGUUCUGCGGAUGAUCCCGUCCGUCUACGACGUCAUCGGAGGCCUGGUCAUCAUGGUCAGUGUUUUCACCCUGACAGGAGUCAAGCUGUACAGGGUGAGCAGGGCCAUACGGCAGGAUUAUCAAGAGAUCCUAGACUCGCCCAUUAAAUGAGUUUUGAUAUGUCAGUCUAUUUGUUUACAAUGUUGCUUGGUUGUUAAAGAAUGUCUGAAUCUUAAUCUGAUGAUUUUGUAUUGUUGUGUUGUUGGAAGGGUGCCAGUUGAGUAACUAAUGUCUUAAUAUUGUGUGUGAAAUAAAAGACAAAUGUAGUAUGGUGACUAUGUCCCUCUGAUAGCACUGCUUUAAUGUCUAAUUGUGUCGAAGACCAAAAAAAAAAGUCAAUUUCAUUUUUGUGAUUUAUUUUUGCUCCAACAUUUGAAACCAUGUUGAAUCUGGUCUUGUGAGUGGCAGUGUAAGAUGAUCAUUUUAAUGAAAUGCACGUUUUACAACAAUAAUAACAUCAACAACACAGCGUGGUGUAUCCCUCUGUUGUCACACUGCCACAGUUGUCACACUGUGUAAAUGUCAGCCCAGAAACCAUUCAUACUACAAACAAGGAAUUAAAGAAUAAAAAUAAAUACCACCCACAUUUCAUAAAAUAA